AUGUCUCACGAAGGAGAAGAGGAUUUAUUAGAAUAUUCCGACAACGAACAAGAAAUUCAGGUUGACGCUUCUAAUGCUGCCGAAGCUGGUAAUGCCGCUGAAGGCACCACUGGAGUUGAGGGAGAAUCUACUACUGAUGGUGAUAAGAAGGGUUCCUAUGUUGGUAUCCAUUCCACUGGUUUCAAAGAUUUCCUACUGAAGCCAGAACUAUCGAGAGCCAUUAUCGAUUGUGGUUUUGAACAUCCUUCUGAAGUUCAACAGCAUACCAUUCCUCAAUCCAUUCAUGGUACUGAUGUCUUAUGUCAAGCCAAAUCCGGUUUAGGUAAGACUGCUGUCUUCGUUCUCUCCACUUUACAACAAUUAGAUCCAGUUCCAGGUGAAGUUUCUGUUGUUGUAAUCUGUAACGCAAGAGAAUUGGCUUAUCAAAUUCGUAACGAAUACUUAAGAUUCUCCAAAUAUAUGCCUGAUGUGAAAACUGCUGUCUUUUACGGGGGCACUCCAACCUCCAAAGAUGCUGAAAUUUUAAAGAACAAAGAAACUGCACCACAUAUUGUUGUUGCUACCCCAGGUCGUUUAAAGGCUUUAGUUAGAGACAAGUAUAUUGAUUUAUCUCACGUUAAAAAUUUUGUCAUUGAUGAAUGUGAUAAAGUUCUAGAAGAAUUAGACAUGAGAAGGGAUGUGCAAGAAAUUUUCAGAGCUACCCCAAGAGAUAAACAAGUAAUGAUGUUUUCAGCUACUUUAUCUCAGGAAAUCAGACCAAUUUGUAGACGUUUCCUACAAAACCCUCUAGAAAUUUUCGUUGAUGAUGAAGCCAAACUAACGUUACACGGUUUACAACAAUAUUAUAUCAAACUUGAAGAACGUGAAAAGAAUCGUAAAUUAGCACAAUUAUUAGAUGAUUUGGAAUUCAAUCAAGUUAUUAUUUUUGUUAAAUCAACAGCAAGGGCUAAUGAACUAACAAAAUUAUUGAAUGCUAGUAAUUUCCCGGCAAUUACCGUACAUGGUCAUAUGAAACAAGCUGAACGUAUCGCUCGUUAUAAAGCCUUUAAAGAUUUUGAAAAACGUAUUUGUGUCUCCACUGAUGUCUUCGGUAGAGGUAUUGAUAUUGAACGUAUUAACUUGGCUAUCAAUUAUGAUUUAUCAAAUGAAGCUGAUCAAUAUUUACAUCGUGUUGGUAGAGCUGGUAGAUUUGGUACCAAGGGUUUAGCUAUUUCUUUCGUCUCUUCCAAGGAAGAUGAAGAAGUUUUAAGUAAGAUUCAAGAACGUUUUGAUGUUAAGAUUGCUGAAUUCCCAGAAGAAGGUAUUGAUCCAUCAACUUACUUGAACAAUUAA